AUGGCAUCUCUUCGAAAACUUACGUUCGGUCGCCGCAAUUCCACAGCCGCAAACUCAGAGGAUGGCGGCGAUGGCGAUGGGGGCGGAGGUGGUGGUGGGGGAGAGGGAGAGCAAGUCGGCAUGACGGUCCUGCACAACGUCAGAAGCCACGACGGGCAGCAGCACACGCGCUCGCGGUCCAACACCGGCACCAACACCCACGGCCACUCAUGCUGGACGCUCGACGGCGACGUCGCGAGCGUCAGCUACAGCGAAUCGGUCCCGCGCCAGCCCGAAGACUCGCGCAUCGAGCUCAUCGAGCGGCGCAGCGCCGGCGACCUCCACCACCACCACCUCGACGACCGCCGCAGCCUGCACAGCGCGCACUCGAAAUGGACCACGAACAGCAGCGGCGCCGCCAAGAGCCCCGCCCGCCUCACCACCGCCAGCACCAACGCCUCGUCCUCUUUGCGCAGCCGCCGACGUCGCGGCGGCGCAGGCACCGUCGAAGACAGGGACCGCGUCCGCCGCAUCCACAGCGUCGCGAGCCGCUACUCGUCGCUGCCGCGCUACGUCGACGCGAACGGCAGCAGGAGCAACAAGAACCGCUAUAGCAACGUCGUCCACGACAACCCGUUCCAGGCGCCGCCCGGCUCCGAGCUCGACCCCCGCGGGCCGGCCUUCUCGGCCAAGGCGUGGGCGCAGGCAGUCCUGCAGCUGCAGGCGGCUGAGCCGGACAAACAGCCGCCGCGGACCGCUGGCGUGGCCUUUGCGAACCUCGGCGUCAGCGGGGUUGCGGUCGACAGCGAGUACCAGCCCACGGUGGGGAAUGCGGUGUUGAGGGGUUUGGAGAGCGUACGGGAUGCGUGCGAAUGGGUGUUUGGGGGUGGUGGAGGCAGAAGAGCGAGGCGGAAGGAGAUUCUGAAGGGGCUUGAUGGCAUCGUUGAGGCUGGAGAGAUGAUGCUCGUGCUGGGACCGCCCGGGAGCGGGUGCUCGACGCUGUUGAAGACGCUGGCGGGUGAGACGCAUGGGGUGAGCGUCGACGAGGGGAGUUAUCUGAACUACCAAGGCAUCUGCGCCGAACAGAUGCAUCACGACUUCCGCGGCGAUGCCAUCUACACGGCCGAGCAGGACGUGCACUUCCCUUCGAUGACUGUCGGUGACACGCUCCUCUUCGCGGCGCGCGCCCGCUCCCCGCGCUUCCUGGUCGGCGGGAUCGACCAUGAGGGAUGGGCGGAGCACAUGCGCGACGUCGUCAUGGCUAUGUUUGGGAUCGGUCACACGGUCGACACCAAGGUCGGUAACGAAUUCGUGCGCGGCGUCAGCGGCGGCGAGAGGAAGCGGGUGACCAUCGCCGAGGCCACGCUGAGCAGGGCCCCAUUGCAGUGUUGGGACAACAGCACCAGGGGCCUGGAUAGCGCGAAUGCGCUGGAGUUCUGCAAGAAUUUGAGGGUGCAGACGGAGUAUCUGGGUGUCAGCGCAUGCGUGGCUAUCUAUCAAGCUAGCCAGAACGUUUACGACAUCUUUGAUAAGGUGACGGUGUUGUAUGAUGGCCGGCAGAUCUACUUUGGUCGAUGUGAGGAUGCGAAAGACUACUUCCUAGACCUGGGGUUUGAGUGUCCGCAGCGCCAGACCACGGCUGACUUCCUCACGUCCAUGACCAGCCCGCAUGAGAGGGUUGUGCGGCAGGGUUAUGAGAAUCGUGUCCCGCGUACAGCGGACGAGUUCGCGGCGGUAUGGAGGGCAAGCGAUGAAUACCAUCGGCUACUACAAGACUUGAGGGAGUACAAUACGAAAUACUCGUUCGGAGGCGAGUAUCUGGAGAGAUUUGUGGAGUCGAAGAGGGCGCAACAAGCCAGGUUCGCACGAACAAGGUCUCCGUAUACCCUGUCGUAUGGUCAGCAAGUGCGGCUCUGUCUCUGGAGAGGUAUAAAACGGUUGAAAGCCGAUCCUAGUCUCACCAUAGGUCAAUUCGUUGCGAAUGCGAUCAUGGCGGUGAUCAUAGGAAGUGUGUUUUUAAACCUGAAAGAUGAUUCGGACCAUUUAUUCAAACGCGGCGCCGUUAUAUUCUUCGCGAUCCUGUUGAACGCCUUUGGAAGCGCACUUGAGAUCCUAACUCUUUAUGCUCAACGAUCGAUUGUCGAGAAGCAUACGCGCUAUGCACUCUACCAUCCCAGCGCUGAGGCAUUUGCUAGCAUGCUUACUGACAUCCCAUAUAAGGUCGGCAACUGCAUCAUCUUCAAUGUUACUCUCUACUUCAUGACGAACCUCCGCCGAGAGGUCUCGGCUUUCUUCUUCUUCCUUCUCCUCUCUUUCGCCCUCACUCUCGCCAUGUCCAUGCUCUUCCGCACCAUUGCCUCAGUAUCGCGUACCAUCUCACAGGCCAUGGUCCCCGCAACCCUACUCAUCCUGGCCAUCGUGAUUUUCACCGGGUUCGCGAUACCGAUUCAGUACAUGCGUGGGUGGUGCCGGUGGAUCAACUGGGUCGACCCUGUAGCGUACGGGUUUGAGGCGUUGAUGGCGAACGAAUUCCACGCACCGAUGAACAAAGUCUGCGACGCUGUGGGCGCGAAGCCUGGAGCUAGUUACGUGGACGGGGACGCGUACCUGAGGACGGCUUUCCGGUACGAAUAUGCGCAUCGUUGGAGGGACUUUGGCGCCGUUGUCGGCUUCAUCUUCCUGUUCAUGUUGACGUAUUUGAUUGCCACCGAGUACAUCAGUGAGAAGCGUUCGAAAGGCGAGGUGCUAGUUUUCCGUCGCGGAUACGUACCAAAUACUUCUACGCGAGACGACGUCGAGACUGCGGCGAGAGGGCAGCGUGGGAGCAUCGUUGGUAGCCCAGGUGCGGCAGGAUCGAUCACGAAGCAGACGUCCGUUUUCCACUGGCAGAAUCUGUGCUACGACAUCAAAACUGCUGGUGGGCCAAAGAGGCUUCUCGACCGUGUUGACGGUUGGAUCAAGCCUGGGACGCUGACCGCAUUGAUGGGUGUCUCGGGAGCUGGAAAGACUACGCUGCUUGACACGCUUGCAGCAAGAACGACCAUGGGGGUGGUAACAGGAGACGCGCUGCUCGAUGGACGGCCGCGGAACAUAAAUUUCCAACGUUCAACCGGAUACGUCCAGCAACAAGAUCUGCAUCUGGAGACCUCGACUGUGCGUGAAGCACUCAACUUCAGUGCUCUACUACGACAGCCGGCCCAUGUUCCAAGGCAGGAGAAAUUGGACUACGCGGGGGAGGUGAUCAAAUUGCUGGAAAUGGAGGAAUACGCGGACGCGGUUGUCGGUGUCCCCGGGGAAGGCUUGAAUGUGGAGCAGCGUCGUCGACUCACAAUCGGGGUGGAGCUCGCCGCCAGACCCGCCCUCCUCUUCCUUGACGAACCCACCUCAGGCUUGGACUCACAGACUUCGUGGGCCAUCUGUGACCUGAUCGAAAAGCUGACAAAGGCUGGCCAGGCAGUACUAAUUACCAUCCAUCAGCCUUCGGCCCAGUUGUUCGAACGGUUCGAUCGGUUGCUGCUUCUGCACAAUGGUGGAACGACCAUCUACUUCGGUGACAUCGGUGAGAACUCACGUACUGUCAUUGACUAUUUCGAAGCCAGAUGUGAGGAGAGUCAGCGAUGCCCAGAUCAAGCAAACCCCGCCGAGUGGCUGCUGGAGGUCAUCGGUGCGGCACCCGGAUGCAGCUCGGAUAUCGACUGGCCGCGGGUGUGGAGGGACAGCCCGGAGUACGAUGCGGUGUGCCAUGAGCUGCUACGGUUGAGGGAGAAACCGCCGCUUGCAAAGAGUGAAGACGGCGAGACGGCCAGUGGCGAGGCUGCAGAGUGCAGGGAAUUUGCCGCUCCUUUCGGGGUUCAGAUGCGAGAAGUAACGAGGCGGGUAUUCCAACAGUACUGGCGGACACCGACAUACAUAUACUCAAAAUUUUCCGUCUGCUUCUUCUCGUCCCUGUUCAUUGGACUCGUCUUCCUCAACUCACCAAACACGAUCCAAGGUCUCCAGAACCAGAUGUUCGCCAUCUUCAUGCUCAUCACCAUCUUCGGCCAGCUCAUCCAGCAGUUCAUGCCCAUCUUUAUCACCCAGCGCACCCUGUACGAAGCGCGCGAGCGGCCGUCGAAGACAUACUCCUGGCCAACCUUCCUCAUGGCCAGCAUGAUCGCCGAGCUCCCGUACAACACAGUCGCCUCGCUCCUCAUCUACCCACCCUUCUACUACCUGCUCGGCCUACAGCACCGCAGCACCACCACCACCACCGAGCUAGCAGUAACGACAGCCACCACCACCAGCAGCGGCAGCGGCGGCGAACGAGCAGGCCUCAUGUUCCUGUUGGUGUGGGUGACGCUCCUGUUCGCGAGCACGCUGGCGGCCGCCGUCGCCGCGCCCGCCGCCACGGCCGAGGCCGGCAGCAACCUGGCGCAGCUGCUGGUCAGCCUCAGCCUCAUCUUCUGCGGCGUGCUGCCGCCAGCGCCCCUGCUGCCGCCCUUUUGGCGCUGGCUCAACCGCGUCUCGCCCUUCACCUACCUCGUCGCCGCCGCGCUCAGCGCCGCCGUCGGCGGCAAGGAUGUGCGCUGCGCUGAGGACGAGGUGCUCAGGUUUGAGUUGCCUGGGGGAGGAGGGGGAGGAAAAGAGGAGUUGUCGUGCGAGGCGUUUUUGAGGCCUUGGGUCGAGGCUGUGGGCGGUGGGUAUGCCGUGCCGAUGGAUGGAGACGACGACAACAAGCGGAUGUGCGGGUAUUGUAAGAUGGGGAAUGCAGAUCAGUUUUUGGCUGGGGUGGGCGCCGACUUUGGCGAUGCGUGGAGGAAUUUUGGGUUGUUGUGGGUGGUGCCGAAGAGCUGGGGGAAGAAGAAGACGGGGUCGUAG